AGCACCUGCUGUGGGCAGCCUCCCUGAGAAGAUGUGUCUUCUUUCUCUCCCUCUACUACUCUUUCUCCUGUACACCAGAGCCAAAGCUGGGGAAGUCAUCGGUGGCACAGAGUGCAAGCCACACUCCCGCCCCUACAUGGCUUACCUAGAAAUUGUCUCUUCUGAGGGAUAUGAGAAAGACUGUGGUGGUUUCUUGAUACGACGGAACUUUGUGCUAACAGCAGCUCACUGUGCAGGAAGGUCUCUAACAGUCAACCUAGGGGUCCAUAACAAAAAAAUGAAAGAAGACACAUGGCAGAGGCUUAAGGUUAUAAAGCAAUUCCUGCAUCCAAACUACAAUAGCUCUGUACUUCUCCACGACAUCAUGUUACUCAAGUUGGAGAAGAAAGCCAACCUGACCCUAGCCGUGGGCACACUCCCCCUCCCACCUGAAUGCAACUUCCUCACAUCUGGAAGAAUGUGCCGAGCAGCAGGCUGGGGGCGCACAAAUGUGGAGGAGCCUGCCUCCGACACUCUUCAGGAGGUGAAGCUGAGACUCAUGGAUCCCCAAGCCUGCAAACACUUCCCAAACUUUAACCACAAUCUCCAGCUGUGUGUGGGUAAUCCUAGGAAGAGAAAAUCUGUAUUCAAGGGAGACUCUGGAGGUCCCCUCCUGUGUGCAGGGAUAGCCCAGGGCAUUGUAUCCUAUGCACAUCGGAAUGCAAAACCUCCUGUUGUCUUCACCCGAAUCUCCCAUUACCGGCCGUGGAUCAACAAGAUCUUGAAAGCAAAUUAACCAUGGAGCCUCGGCCAGCCUGAAAGGAAAUCUGGAACUGGAUCUGAGCAGGUUUUCUGUACCACUUACUCUGGCCUGUCUCUGGUUCCUGUUGAAGUCCAGCCAUGUCCUUGAGACUCCAGAAAGUCCCUACAACUCAUAGAACUCUCAAUAAAGCUCAGUAAAAAUCC